AUGAACAACGUGGCAAACCAGGCAACGAUUUGCUUGCAGGUGAACUUGCCUUACAGUAUCGGACCAAGCUUUGGCAAACCCAAAAUUGACAGCCGUCAAGGGCCAGCGGGUUCUUCGCAAGCAGCCAUGUGUGUAUCGUGCACCGUUUUUUUGGAAUAUUUGCUGGAAGUUGUGGUGGCGAUGGUCAGCAUGAUCCCAGCGGCCUUGGUUGUACCUGCGGAUCGAGAGCUUGGCCUUUUUGAUGUGCUCCUACCUCCGUUCUUGACAGUGAUCUGCAUGGUCUUGCUCUUCCUCUUCUUCUUUCGGUUAGGCGUAUCGAAUAUGAUCGACAAGAUGUGGAUGGCUGGUUGGUUCGAAAAGAGCGGGGGAAGUCUCAUUUUGCGCCCAGCGCGGUCCUUUCUCACCAUGUACGCACUCGUGCUCAUUCCCGAAGUUCUUGUGGCUGUGGCGCAAGGUCAUGUCUGCCCUCAUCACAACCGCUCCGGUGAUUUUAUUGCUUUUUUCAUCAUCAGUAGCCUUGUGGUUGUGCGGCUAUGGCGACAAUUGAUGCCUUCCACACUUGCCGAGAAACAGGAGGCCGCCACAGCUGAGGCGGCAAAGAAAGCGAAGGAAGAAGAAGAGCGUCGCAAGAAAGAGGAGGCUGCGGCGGCAAAGAAAGCGAAGGAAGAAGAAGAGCGUCGCAAGAAAGAGGAGGCUGCGGCGGCAAGAAAAGCAAAGGAAGAGGAGGCGGCGCAGCACCUCCGACGACAAGUUCAAGAAGCUGCAAACAGCAUGAAACAAACCGGCGCCGAAACACGGAUGGAAACAUGCACCGUCGUGAAACACAUUGGGAUCAUGCUACUCUGCAUGUGGGACUUCGUGGCGGACGUGCUCCAAUCAGCAAGCUUGUGCCACAACGGCCAUGGAUUCUACGAAAAGGUGGGCAUUGUAGCAGCUUUCAUCCUUGGCAUCUCAUUUGCCAUGAACUUCCUGUUGUGCCAAAUGUGGUUUGCCCGCAACCCCGACAUCCUGGAAGUAGCCAGGACGUCCAGCGGUGUUGGGAAGCUCCGCUUGCGCCUCUACCGCUUGCUGGCGUGCACGAACCCGGAGGUGUUGCAUACCAUGCUUGUUAUGUCUCCUUGGGCGCCAGAAAUGCGGCUCAGUGUGCAGAAGGCCUCCACCGAUUUGAAGCCGUUCGGAGUUGCAGCCCAAUUGAUGGAAGACGUUCCACAAUUCAUCAUUGGGCUCGUGGCCCUCAACUCCAGGUCCCCAUGGGUUGUGAUCAACAUGGUCACGAAGUGCAUCAUGUUGCUCUUCAAGUUGAUGUCAGACGUGUUGAACAGCAUCAUCUUCGCAGGAAGCGGGGCCGUGUCAGGCGACGUCAUAGCCCACGUGAAGCGUCAGGAGAAAAGGGACGAGAUGUGUCCUGAACCCACUCACAUGUGCCAGGUCGUGGUUCAGUUCGUCACAUUGGUGUUGGACUGGGUGAUGCUGGUGAGCCUCAAACGGGCGGAGCCGAAUCAGCUUACGGAUGUGGCAGAGACCCUGCUUUCCACCGGGUUCGUGGUGCUGUCCGCCGGCUUUUUCUUAGGUUUAAUGGUCGUCUUGAAGUUUGUGCGGGAGGAGCGCGAGUCUUUGUGGCAUUGCUCUUUGCAACCUGAACUACUCACAGUGGCCGUGAACGGAUGCGUUCUUGAUCCAGCAGCAUUCUCGGGAAUUCACCCAGGUGCGGUUGGUGAUCGACGCCUCUCCUUUGUUCCGUUUGUGCGGUGUGCCUACUUUUGUGGCACAGUUGGCUAUUUCUUGUGGCUAGACCAAUUCCCCAUCAAGCAAACUUUGCUGUACAUCUGGGGCGGUCUCAACGCAGUCGCCAUUAUCGGUAUGAUUCUCAAUGUCGCAGAUUCAUCCGAAAGGCCACAGCACUACGAGUUCACUUUAUUGCAUCUUCAGCUAAUGGACGAAGAGUUAGCCGCCAGCCUCAAGCAUGCCAAUGACACACCAUGCCUUUUGACUGGUGGACGGGCGGGGGAAAAGCCAUUGGCAGCCGACGGAGUGUAA